AAUAUUGAACUUCAAUUACUUUCUCAGCAACUCUUACUUCAUAGAAAAUAUAGCUAUAGAGGAAGUUGGCCAACGGUUAACUUCCCUCCAAACCCUUCUGAGUCUCUUGUAAUCAAAGCAAAGUUCAGUAGUCGAUUCUUGGUCACCUUCUGAGUCUCAAACUUCACCUUCCUGACAUACCCUUCAUACCAAUCUUCACCUUCUGUUUCCCACCAUCCUUCUAUAUACACACUUCACUUCCUCUUCUUCUGCUUCAGACUUAUCCCUUCUAAGUCUUUUCUUUUCACCAUGUUAUUGUUAAAAGGUUCAUGUCCUUGAAACCUUGGUUUGUAAUUGUGAACACACAGUUUGAUUUUGGUGUGAAGUUUUUAAGCUGGUGGUGCAGACCCUGGAAAUUCUCCAAGUCCAACUAGUCUUCCAAUUGGAGACCUUGAACUUCAAGUUCUCAUGAUAUAAGACUGUUCAAAAAUAUUGGAGCUGGUUUCAACCAUUAGACAAAUUUUGUUGCUGAAUCCUUCUGAAGAUGUGUUGAGAAUCAAACAAGACUUGGUCUCAGGCAACACACGUUUUUCAAUUUUGGACUACUUCUGAUUUGAAUACAUAAAUAGCGGCAAAAGGGGUAUCCUCUCUUCAUUAUCCUCUAUUGAUUUUGUGAAAAGUUGUAAGUUUGAUUCAACUCCAAAGACAAAAAAUUCCAAUGAAUUGUCCAUGUCCAUCGGAAUUGGUGUUUAAUUCAAGCAGCAUGGCUUCAUUUACUUCAAAUUCAUCAUCAGAGCACAGCAUGGCCAGUGCACAAAACAUUCCUCCUCAUGCUUCUUCCACCCCUUCUUUCAUGACUAGGGUGGCCAUGAGAAUUUCUAGAUCAAGGUGGUUCACCUUCUUAAGAAGAGUGUUCCAUUACCAAAAUGGACCAAGAUCUGAUCUUGAUUCUAACCCUUUCAAUUCUAGCACUUGGAUGAUGCUGGAGUUGGUUGCUUUAUUGGUUCAAAUAACAAGUACAACAUUCACCUUGGUCAUUUCAAAGAGUGAAAAGCCUAUUUGGCCUAUGAGGGUAUGGAUAGCAGGUUAUGAUAUUGGUUGUGUCCUUAAUCUGCUGCUACUUUGUGGCCGCUACCAUCAACUUCAUGUGACUCAAAGGGAUUCUCUUAGCCUUUCUGAAUUGGAGCAGCAGAGAAACAAUGAAGAAACAAGUGUGUACAGGAGCUCACAUUUGAUGAACAAAUGCCGAAGUUCACUAGAGCUUUUCUUUGCCAUAUGGUUUGUGAUGGGCAAUGUUUGGGCCUUCGACUCACGUUUUGGAUCUUUCCAAAAUGCUCCAAAACUCCAAGUGCUCUGCAUCAUCUUGCUUUCUUGGAAUGCAAUUUGCUACUCCUUCCCUUUUCUACUGUUUUUGCUUCUGUGUUGUUGUGUGCCACUACUUAGCACCCUCCUUGGAUACAACAUGAACAUGGGUGCCUCUGCUAGAGGAGCUUCUGAAGAUCAAAUCUCACAACUCCCAAGUUGGAGAUAUAAAAUUGUUCAAUUUGACAAUGACUCUCAAAGCAGUCAAAGAUUGAUCGAUGAAGAUCCAGAGGAAUGUUGCAUUUGCUUAGUCAAAUACACAGAGAAAGAAGAAGUUAGGCAAUUGCCCUGUUCCCAUCUGUUCCACCUAAAAUGUGUGGAUCAAUGGCUAAGAAUUAUAUCAUGUUGCCCUCUUUGUAAACAAGGAUUACAAAGAUAGCCAUAGGACCAAUCAUACAAAACACUCCACAACAUUAAUCUUAUUUUAUAUUUUAUACACCCAUUUUAUUUUUAUUUUUUUUACUAUGGUUACAUGAGUGAGUUUGUACAUGUACAGAAGAGGUCACCAGUAACCAAAAUUACAUUAAAUAUACUUGGUUGGUUCAUAGGAGUGAAUCCAAUUACAUUUCAAAUUAGUUCAUUGUCUGUAAAAGUUUCUUUAUACUGUGAGUGAGCAUCUAUGUAUUGAAUAAUGAAGUAAAUAUUUAUAUUUGAUCCUUAAUUAUUAUAUAAUAAAAUUAUUACUUU